GUAGUUUCGCGUCUGUUGACGGAAGCCGGCGAAGGGGCGGAGUCUGAGUCCAACGACAGAAGGUGGAACAUCGGAUCAUCCGCAACAAACAGGUUAGGUCUGUAAAGAUGGAAAUGGAUAUCAGUGGCGUGUCCAGGACUCGUGUCUCCAUCUGUCCAGCAGCUGAGAUCAAGGCCACAUUGAAGCCAGAGGCCGAGCGGCCUCGCUGCGCCAGCACGCCAUGUUCCCCCGUCAGAGGAACGGUGGCAGGAUACCAGAUCCUGCACAUGGACUCAAACUACCUGGUGGGCUUCACCACCGGGGAGGAGCUGCUCAAGCUGGCCCACGAGUGGUCAGAAGUCUCUCCAGAGAAGGGCUCUGUGUCGGAAGCCGUGACCAGCCCCACCAAGAGCUCCGCCCUCAAGGCCGGGGACCUGGGCGUCCACCGAUCAGCUCGACUCUUCAAGGGGAAGAGCCGCUACUACCAACCCUACGACAUCCCGGCUGCCAACGGGCGCAGGCGGAGGAGGAUGCCCAGCUCGAGCGACACCUUCCUCAGGUCCCUGGCUCAUGGGGAACCCGGCAGGAGUCUGCAUGCUCCACUACCUCUGUGUCUGCUCAAGGGCACGGGGGCUCAGUCCAAGUCCCUGGACUACCUCAACCUGGACAGGAUCAGUAUCAAGGAGUCCUCGGACACGGAGGUGCUACAGGUCCAGCUGCAGCACCUCACCCUGCGAGGGGAGCGCGUGUUCACCCGGAACAAGACAUGAGACUCAGCCGAGGCUUUUCUCAGG